ACCUCUCUCAACUGACAGCAUUCUGGAAAGAACAAUUUUACAGCCAAUUUUCUUAUCAAUAGCCAGCACCAACAAAAAAAAAAAAAAAAACGCGUCUUUGAACCUGCGCGCCACAUUCCUUCGCCAGUUAUCAAUUUCAUCGCCCGUGAAGCUGCUGCUUUUGUUUUCCCUCGUAAAAUCUAGCUCACACAAUGGUGCGUGCCUGGUUUAUGGACAAUGAGCCGACCGAUCAGCGCCUGGAGCACCAGCUCGAUCCGCCCAAGUUCCUGACGCUGGACGAGCUGUUCAAGAGCACCGGGGUGGAAUAUUUUAAGAUUAACAUUCCAACGUACGAUACGGACGGGGUGCUGGGGAAGAUCCGCAACGAUCGGGGCUACUCCUACGAGGACGAAAUCACCUGCUCCGAGGCGUGCUUGCCCGAUUACGCCAACAAGCUGAAGUCGUUCUUCACCGAGCAUCUGCACACGGACGAGGAGAUCCGGCUGGUGCUGGAUGGUUCCGGUUACUUCGACGUGCGCAAUGGUCCGGAUGAUGCAUGGGUACGGAUCGAGGUCGUUGCCGGCGAUUUGAUCAUUAUUCCCAGUGGAAUCUAUCAUCGAUUCACGCUGGACAUGAAGAACUACAUCAAAGCCAAGCGUUACUUUGUUGGCGAACCGGUCUGGCUGCCGUACAACCGUCCAGCAGACGAGAUGGACUGUCGCAAGGAGUAUUUGAAGCGGUUGGAAGCUGGGUUCGCCGCGUAAUGCCUACCUGCGUUUUUAUGAUACGAUCUGAUUUUGUUAACCACCCUCUUCUUCCAUAAAUCCAACUGCAUUCAAUGCAAUAAUUUGUUUAAUAAAUGUUAUACCAUUCCCCGCAACACUGUUGCGUUCGGACGUACCAGCGCCAUUGAAA